AUGGCCCCCGCUCUCACAGAAACGCCUGUUGAGCCCCCGCUCUUCAGCUAUGAUAAACCUUCGAAAGCCAUCUUUCCCGAUGGCAUCAAGACGAGUGGCCAAACUUCGCCUGACGCCGACAAGAUCCGACCGUACAGCGAAUUCCCCACAGAAAUCACCGGCCCUACCGUGUGGAAGGCAGAGGAUUAUCAAAACAACCCAGAGCGAUGGACGCAUCGAUUCAGCGAAGAGGAGGUGGCCGAGUUGAGCAAGGCAGCAGACGACUUUUUGGCUUCGGGGACGCCAUUGACUGGUAUUGCAAAGGAGAAAUUCCCUCUCCCCAACAUGGAGUCGUACCUCACCGCGAUGCGAAACGAACUUCUCAACGGCAAAGGCUUUAUCCUGUUUAAGGGCUUCCCAGUGCAGGCAUGGGGCAAUCACAAGUCGGCUGUAGCUUACAUGGGACUGGGUACAUAUCUUGGAUACUUUGUGUCACAGAAUGGCUUAGGCCACGUCCUUGGGCACGUGAAGGACACGGGAGCCGAUCCAACACAAAUCGACAAAGUGCGCAUCUACCGCACAACGGCCCGCCAGUUCUUCCACGCCGACGACUGCGACAUUGUCGGUCUGCUCUGCGUGGCAAAAUCCCUCGAGGGCGGUGAAUCAGACAUUGUCUCUUCGCAUCACGUCUUCAACACCCUUCAAAAAGAACACCCAGACGUUGCAGAGACCCUCUGCAAACCCAUCUGGUACUUCGACCGUAAAGGUGAAGUCUCCACGGGCCAAGAACAGUGGACCAAGCAGCCUGUCUUCUACCUCGAAACCGGCCCUAACGGACGAGUCUACACCAAAUGGGACCCUUACUACGUCAAGUCUCUCACCCGAUUCUCCUCGCAAGGCAUCAUUCCUGCCCUGUCGCCCGAACAAGAGAAGGCCGCUCAAGUCCUGGAAGAUACAUGCAUGCGUCUGUCAUUGCACAUGAUCCUCGACAUUGGCGAUAUUCAGUUCCUCAGCAACGAACACGUCCUGCACUCGAGAACCGCAUACAAGGACUACCCACCACCAGCGCCGAGGAGGCAUCUCAUGCGACUGUGGCUCGCCACGCCCGAGACGGAGGGAGGCUGGAAAUUGCCCUUUUCGGAUGCGCAGCAUAAGAAGCGAGGAGGCGUGCAGGUUAAUGAUACCCCACCUAGAGCGCCGAUUGAUGCUGAAUAG